UUACGACAUCUGUAUUGUUACCCUAGUUUGCACUUGCAUUUGAUUUAAAAAAAAAAAAAAAAGCCUACAGUAUUGUUUAAUGCAAUAACGGCAGCAGUCCGUUCUUUAUAGCAGCUAUGGUUUGUGUUACCAUGUCAAGACCAAAAUACAAUGUUUAGCUUUGAAAGCGUAAUGGUGAUAUUCAGCUGCGAUUUCCACCAACUCAUCCACUUUCUUUUUUCUUGCUUCUUUCCUGCCUGCGAAGUUUCCGCUGUUGCGCAGUGAGACAGGCUAGGCUAGCUGCAAUACACUGAAGUUUAUAUAUACAGUACUAACUUGGUAUGGAGAGAGAAAGCUUAGCUUCAGCUGCUUCGGCCAACGGUAGCCCUGCUAAAACUGCAGCAGACCUAUCCAACCACAUGCUAGAACUAGACGAAGAUGACGACUUUGAAGUUUUCAGUAAGGAUGCCACGUUGACCGAUGCCAGCUCUUUUAGUGCUUCUAUGCCAACUUCCCCUGCUUCCAUGAUUAACCAGUAUAAACCUGAAGAGCAAGACAUUAAAGAUGUGUUUAUCACAGUAGACUGCCCAGAGAGCCAUGUCACAUCCAUAGAGACUUUCGUUACUUACAGGGUUAUAACAAAGACAACUCGCAGUGAAUUCGACUCCAGUGAGUAUGAAGUUCGUAGGCGUUAUCAAGAUUUCCUUUGGUUGAAAGGCAAACUUGAAGAGGCACAUCCUACUUUAAUUAUAAAUCCAUUGCCAGAAAAGUUUGUGAUGAAGGGAAUGAUGGAACGAUUUAAUGAUGAUUUCAUUGAGACACGAAGAAAAGCACUUUAUAAAUUUGUGAACAGAAUUGCAGAUCAUCCUAUUCUGUCUUUUAAUGAGGACUUCAAAGUUUUUCUCACAGCUCAAGCCUGGGAGCUGGCCUCCCACAAGAAGCAGGGCCCCGGUUUGCUCAGCAGGAUGGGGGAGACAGUGCGGGCAGUCGCUGCCUCAGUCCGAGGAGUCCAGAACCGCCCAGAGGAGUUUACUGCUAUGAAUGACUAUGUGGAGACAUUCAGCCAGAAAAUGGGCAUGCUGGAUAAGAUCACUCGGAGAAUUGUCAAGGAACAAAAGGAGUACCUGGAGGGAAUGAAGGAGUGUGGUCCUGUGUACACCCUGUGGUCAGGCUCCGAAGAUCAACUAGUAGAGCCUCUUAAAGCUAUAGCUGGCUGCAUUGACAACUGCUGCAAAGUGACAGAGGAGCAAGUGGCUGGGCUCUCUGAAAACCAAGUUCCCAUCCUACACGAGUAUGUCCUCUGUGCAGAGACCUUGAAGGCUGUACUGAGAAGACGAGACAACAUUCAAGCAGAAUACGAAUCUAAAGUUGAUGCGCUAGCCAAUAAGAAAGCAGACAAGGAAAAUCUCAAGGAAGAGAUUGGAAGUCUGGAAGAUAAAUUGGAGUGUGCUAAUAGCACUCUGAAAGUGGACUGGGAAAGGUGGAAAAGAGACAUGCAGGGUGACGUCAAAUCAGCAUUUGUGGACAUGGCUGACACGAAUAUGAAUUAUUACAAAAAGCUCCUUGCAAUAUGGGAGUCCUUCCUAACUUCACAGAAGACUGAUGUUCACUUGGACAAAGACACAGAUUCCUAGAACAGCGUUCUGGUUUUCAACUGACCAAAGAAGUGUUGCAGGUUACUUGAGGACUGUUUAAGUGAAUUUGAUCUUUUUCUGUAUUUUUUAUGCAAUAUUAAGGGUGAUGCCAAACAUUUGUUUUUAAAUAAAGUAGAUUCUACAAUCAUUAUAUUUACAUUGGAUCAAGAUGCUGUUUUCCCAUCAGUACAUCUUAAUAACUGCACACCAUAUGUACUGUGUCAGUGGCAGCUGCAUAUAAAGAGCGAACGUAGUGUCUUAUUUGUGGCUAGUAUUUAUCCUUUCCAUUGAUGUAUUUCUAAGGGGUUUGGAGAGAUUAAUUCAUUUUCAACAAUAAACUGAUAACAAACAUGCAAUAAACAAACAAGAAAUCUAAAUGUUGAUAAACAAAUGAAAUAAAUAUGUUCACAAACACACCCAGACCUUACCAAUGUGAUACCGGAGUAACUGAACCUGUGGUGUCUGCCAAGGAAGGAAGAUGAUUACAUAUUCAUUAUAUAGUAUCUGCCUUGGAGAUGACACCAGGAACUUUGCACGUAAACUUCCACCCCCUGGAACCCAGUGAAGAAUACUCGCCGGUCUGAUAACCUUGUACAGUGUCUGCUGUUCUGAAUGGGAAGAAAGACCAGCUUUAGGUAUGGGUAGGGACUAGCCACAAGUAAGACAAGUUUGUAGCCCUUGUAUGUCGUUCCCAUUAAAAGUUCUAGAAACUACAUGAUUGAUUCAGUUCCUAGAUUGAUUAAGGACCAGCAUUUUAGCAAAGCCUUAAUUGAAGUGCACUUAAUAAGAAAACACAGUCCAUUCAUUAAGAUUACCCAUGUUAUUCACAUUUAAUUAAAGCAGAAGUACCCGUGCAUGUCAGUCUUCUGAGUUUAAGUUUCCAUUCAGCUAAUGUUAGAAUUACUGGGUCAUUUACCUUUUAUUCCCUUGGACUGUUUUAGAACAGCAGCUGAAGAUAGAACAGUCCAGUGCUUGAAUAAGUUAAAUGAAAGCCUGAAAUUUGCAAACAAAGAUCAGGAUUGCCUUAAUUGAUAUUAGUUUGCAAAUAAGCUGUUCAGCUGGGGGAAAAACCAAACAGUUAGAGUACAAAAUGAUGGAUGCGAAAUCCACAAGGAUAUUACUGACUUGUCUUAAACACAUUCAGUAUUAAGCUGAUAAUUGUGGAUUACCUGGAGGCCUGAACUAAUUGAUCUUAUCAGAAUAUCUAAUUCGCAUUAGUGGGAGAGAUACCUUAUUGCGACGUGCCUACAGUUCAUAAUUUGUUUUUGUAUUCUCUUACAACUGCAAAUAGGUACAAUUAUUGAUGUUAAUGAAUUUUAUUGCCAGAGAUCAAACUGACAACUACACACAUUAAUGUUUUUUUUUUGUUUUUUAAUUUGUUUUUUUAAUUAUUUUUACAAUUUAAACUCAAUA